AUGUCGCGUUAUGCGGAUAUUCAAGAUGAACCAAUUCACAAACUACUUGUACCAAUCCAAGGUUAUCAGGAUCAAGAGUUAGUAUCACUCGAAGAAUCUAUUAAGCCUAUUGCUCAGUUGUUCGACGAUCUUGAAAUGCAUGUUUGGAUAGCUAAACAAAAUUGUCAAGCACCCGUAGACAAUCUAACUCAAGACAAAUCGGCUGCCAUUUACUUGUACACAAUGGAGUUUGACAGUAGCAAAAGUUUUUAUCGUCUUUUAAAUGUUGCACUACGAUCAGAAAAUCGUCGAAGCAUAGUACCGUGGUCUAGCUAUUUAAAACUAUUUAUGACCGCUCUAUACAAAUUGCCAUCUAAACCACAAAUAGUUUAUCGUGGAGUGAAAGGUAUUGAUUUAAGUGAUAAAUAUUUGAAGGGUAAGCAUUUUGCUUGGUGGGGUGUCAGUUCAUGUACAACAACUGUGGACGUUUUACAAGAAGAACAAUUUCUUGGUCAAAAUGGUGAACGUAUAUUGUUCAAUAUUGAAUGUUCAAAUGGACAAUCGAUUAAAUCACAUUCGUAUUACAGCGACAAAGAAGAAGAAGUUAUUCUCAUGCCCGGUUCCUAUUUUGAAGUUCGCGGUCAUUUAAAUAGUGGCCAUGGUCUAAGAAUAAUUCAGCUGCAAGAAAUAGAACCAAAAUACCCGCUAGUCAGACCACCGUUUUCAAAAGCGCUCGUCGAUAAUACCAACCGUCGGGAAGCUGGAAAACACUUAGGUAAAGAUACUAAUCGAGAUUUUUAA